AUGAAUAAGAAAUUUUUAUUUAUUUUGAUUUUUUUAUUAAGGAAUAUAGCAAAAAAAAUUGAGAGUAAAUUAUUUUUUAAUGAAAAAAAAUUAUUUUUUCCUGGAAAUUUUACAAAAAAAAGGAACUUAACUUAUUAUUUUAUAAAAAGAAAUAAAGAUGAUAAUAAAAAAAAAGAAUUACAAAAUGUCUACAAAUUAAAUAAUGGAAUUUCUCUACUAAAUGAAAAAUUUAAGAGCGCUAAAGAAAAGAUAUUUUUAUAUUUUAAAAAAAAUAAAAAUAUUAUUGAAAAGUUAAAAGAUCUAAAUGAAAAAAAAAGUACAUGGUUUUUUACUGGAUAUGCUAAAAAUAUAUUUAAUUAUAAUUCUUCUUAUAAUGUUAUUGGGCUCGAAGAAAUAAAAGAAAUUGAUCAUAAGAAUUUAAUUUUAAGGAAUAAAAUUGAUUUAAAUGAAGUUUCUAAGAAAUAUAAUAAUGUAGAGAAACAAAAUAAUUUUUUGAUAAUUAAUGGUUACGAAGUAAAAAAGUAUGUAAUUUUUUAUAAAAAUGAUGAUAAUAGUUCUGGAGAAAAUUUUAUUAUGUGCAAUUAUAAUUACUUCAUUUUUUAUUUAUUAGACAAAGUAAAUAGUAAAUUUUAUAUUUUAAUAAAUAAUUUAAGUGAUGAAAAUAUUAUUUAUGAAGUAAAAGAAUUAAAUAAAAAGGAUUUUUCUGAUUUUUUCUACAAAUUAAAUAAUAAAAUUGAUUUAAAUACAAUAAAUAUCAUUUCUUUAAGUAAUAAAAAUAUUUUACAAGAUUUUACAAAUGAUGGAUAUAGAAGUGAAUCUGUAUAUGAUAGCUAUACAGAUAAAUUUAAAUUUCACUUAAAGAAAAUUUGUUCCUUAUCAAAUAAAUCUAAUAUAUUUUUAAAAGAUAACAUUAGUACCGAAAAUUUUAAAUCAAGAAACACUUUAAUUUAUAGCAAAAAAAAUUUUAUCCUUCAGGAGAAAACUUAUUUUCAGUAUUUAAAGAAUUUUUUUAUUAAUAAUGAAAAAGACAAUGAUUUAUUUGAGAUAAUUUUUAAAAAUAACAAUGCUUAUAAACUAUAUGUUCAAAAUAAUAUAAAUGAUAAUUCUUAUUAUAUUUUAAAAAACACAAAAAUUAGCAAAAAAAAAUUAAAUCAAUUGUACAAAUUAUUAACAAAUUAUCACUAUAAAAACAAAAAGAGCAAAGAUCAAUUUUUUACAUAUGCCAAGGUAUUAUUUAGUAUAUAUAAAAGAGAAUUUGAAAAAGAAAAAGAAAAACAAAAAAAUAAAGAAAAUAAUUAUACCAAAAGUAUUUAUAUAAGUAUUGGUGCAAAAGAAUAUUUAAUUGAUAAAGAUGCUUCAAUUCUAAGAAAAAAGGGUGAAAUUUUAUUAUUUAGUUUAGCCAAACAAUUUUUGAAUAAUUUAAUUUCAUGCAUAAAUAUAUAA